AUGUGUAGCAUCAACGCUAUUGUCGACUCCGAUAUCACUGGGGGAAAUUCCAAUAUAGGCCCAACAGAUGAAACGAACCAAAAUGCUAAAGCUGUUGAAGUAAUAGAAAUUGACAAUGAUCCAGUGAAUACCAAUAGUUCUAAGAAUCAUAAGAUAGCCAAGACUCCCGAAAGACCAGUGGAACAGAGUUUGGAGAAUCGCCAUAUUUCAAAGAGACCUCGAAAGAAGAGGAAAACAUUUAGUUGCGAUGUUUGUAGGAAAUUUAAAACUAGAUGUGAUUUCGAGCCACUGGUUGGCAAAUGCCACCGUUGUAAUAUGUUGCAAUUGGUCUGUUCAUUGACUAAAGAACGAGAAAGUGAAAUUUUAGCCGCUAUAGAAGAUUCUUCGAAAGUUGCAACCUUCCCUGUAACCUCUAUUGCAUCCAUUGCUAAAAAUAUAGUUAAAAACGGUUCUGAGAGAAAAGUUAGAGAUACAGCUAAGGAGCAAGUGCCUGUAUUAAACCCUUUAACACAUACGUUAACAAAUAGGCUGAAUAGACUGGAGGAAAAGUUCAGUAGUUUAGAAGGAAAAAUUGAAUUGGUACUGAUGCUUUUACAAGGCUCAACAUCUGCUGCUACUAAUGCAAAAGAUGUUGCAUUACAAUCAAUGAUCCAAUUGAAUACAAUGGAUAAACCAUUACAGUUCGGUAGUAUGAGCAAUACUUCAAUAAACAAGAAUGAAUUUAACCAAGAAUCUGACAAGUCAUCUGGAGAGGGAUAUAGUACUGAUUCUGAUGAUAACGAACAGACAUUUGACGGUAUUAAAUUAAAAGAACCUCCAUUGAAAUUAAUAACUGAUAUAGAUGAAAGAUUGUUUCCCACAGCAGCAAAAUCUGAAGAUGAUGUAAUAGCAAGACAGCAACGACCAUUUGUUGUUGCGAGAGUAGAGUUUCUUAAAUUUUACGAGAAGAAUAAGCAACUAUGCCAUAAUCUGGCGAGAGAUUUCCUAGUGAGAUCACAUUUUUGGAUUAUUCCUGGAGGUAUAAAGGAAAUCGACGAUGAAUAUGCUAGAAACCAUUUGUUUAUUACUAGUGUUUUCACGAUUAUCGCAAUGAGCUUUGAUGAAAAUGAUAAAUACGCCGAUGAACAGGAAACAUUAUACCCACUAGUGGAGACACUUCUCACCAAUACAUUGACAAUGUUCGAGAGACUAACGGACUUUGAUAUAGAAGCAAUUCUUUACUGUUGUAUGUUCCACAUUUCGAGGAAAACUAAACAUCAUAGACAACUAAAGUUCAACUCAUUGGUUUUGAGUAAUUUUGCAAUCCAUAGCAUGCUAAAUGUGGUAGAUUUCCAUCAGAUAAAACAUAGAGUUCUUGUUGAUGAAGAUUAUACUGCCGAUGACUUAUAUCAUUUAAGAAUUUUAAAUUCAUUAACGGCAACCUUCCUCGAAUAUGCAAUUAGUUAUGGGAAUGUCUCUGAGAUGGACAAGAAUUUGAUGGAAUUGAAUAAUCUAACUGCCAAAUAUCCUAAGGCAAACUUUGCAGAUGACAUCAAAAUCAGUGAAAUUAAUUUAGGCGAUACCGUUAAUAAAAUUUUCUUAAAGUUUAGAGGUUAUUAUAGAGAAGUUAAAGAAAGGUUUAUUGAAAAAGAGAAGACAGAACCUGAAAAAGCUAAUAAUAGUUCUGAAAUACUUAUCUUUCCUGAGUUGGAUUAUUGGUUAAAAAAUUGGGAAGAGCUUUUAGCAAAGGAUGGUGGUGGUGUUUUAUUAUUCACUUUCGAUUAUUACCAUAUCAUGAUUUGUAGGUCCUUUAUUUCAGAAUUUCUGACUGAUAUGCAGAAUACUCCAAGAUUUUUGAAUAGUACAUUAAAGACUUUAAAAGAUCAUUCAUUUUCUUUACUUCAUGGAUUUUUAAGAUUACCACCAUCUCUAAUCAAAGGUGCACCAAUUUUUACAACUCAUCAAUUAGUUUAUGCUUGUUUGACGUUAUGCGAUUUUUUACAUUGGUUUGAUCAAGAUGAAAGGCAAUUGGUUUUGAGUAUGUGUACAAGAGUAUACUGGCAUCUAAAUACAAUUGGUGAAAAGAAAAAUGAUGCUACUGACAGUGUUGGUAAGAUUAUAAAAUCAAUUAUAGACACUAGUAAAAGAAGAGUUAGUUUGACCAACUUCCCACCAUUAAAUAGUAAAUUAAUAUCUAGUAGCACGGCUGAAUUAUCCACAGCUACUUCAUUUAAUAACAAUAGGGUCGAUUACAGCGGGGCUGCUUCUCCUGAAAGUGAGAUUUCAUAUCACUCGAAUACUGCUGGUCCUGAAGGUAAAAGUACACCAAGUUUGGCUAUUCCAGAUGUUGACCAAUUCAACUCCUUUGAGGAUUUCUUCCAAGAUUUUUUCGAUAACUUAAAACCUACAACUCAAAGAAUAUUCACGUCCAGAAAGUAA